AAUGAGUUGAAGAGUAAAGUUGUUUUGGAUGUAUACAGUUUUGGGAUAAUGAUAAAGGGUUGUUGUGAAGCUGGUGACUUGAUGAAAGGGUUUCAGCUUCUGGCCAUGUUGGAGGAGUUUGGUUUGUCUCCGAAUGUUGUCAUAUACACUACGUUGAUUGAUGGUUGUUGCAAGAAUGGAGAUGUUCUGCUGGCAAAGAAGUUGUUUUGCAAGAUGGAUAGGUUAGGUUUAGUUGCCAAUCAGCAUACUUAUAGCGUCUUAAUGAACGGUUUUUUCAAGCAAGGACUUCAAAGGGAGGGGUUUCAAAUGUAUGAAAAUAUGAAGCGAAGUGGCAUUGUACCUAAUGUUUAUGCUUACAAUUGUGUCAUUGGUGAAUACUGUAACGGUGGGAUGGUAGGUAAUGCUUUUAAGGUGUUUGGUGAAAUGCGUGAGAAAGGUAUUGCAUGUGGGGUUAUGACAUACAACAUUUUAAUAGGUGGGCUUUGUCGAGUGAAGAAGCUUGGUGAAGCAGUGAAGUUAGUUCAUCGAGUCAACAGGGCUGGCCUUAGUCCUAAUGUAGUUACAUACAACGUACUUAUCAAUGGGUUUUGUGAUGUUGGAAAAAUGGACACUGCUGUUAGAUUGUUCAAUCAAUUGAAGUCUAACGGUCUAUCGCCAACAUUAGUGACCUAUAAUACUUUGAUUGCAGGGUAUUCUAAGGUUGGGAAUUUAGCAGGAGCUCUUAACUUGGUCAAGGAAAUGGAAGAGAGAAGUAUUGCUCCUUCCAAAGUGACAUAUACGAUUCUAAUUGAUGCUUUUGUACGACUAAAUUACAUGGAAAAAGCAUCUGAGGUACAUUCUUUAAUGGAGAAGUCUGGUUUGGUUGCAGAUGUUUACUCAUACAGUGUC